UCAGUCUGAGCCACCUGUAGCAGGCAGUAAGUGUACACCCCCGGGGGAAAGGCAUCUGUUCAGUUCCGUUAGAUUCACCGCUACACCGAUAGCACACGUUUUUUGUUUUUUUUUACAGGCUGGUCCUCCGUAGACGAACCGUUUUUUUUUACAAAGUCGCACCUAGGACUGGAAACAUGUUUCCAUAUCAUCUGUCUGUCGUAUUUCUGCUGGCUGCUGUCGUCAGUGGAAUGACAACAGCAGAUUUAGUUACACAAACCAGUGUCACCAUUGAUGGGGGGUUGGCCAAUGACACAUCCCCAACUCCUCACUUGACACAAACUGCAAGCUCAAAUCCAAGCAGCAACCCCGCAAUCAGCAGUCAUACAAGUUCACCAGCCUCAACCAAAGUGCACGUCACAACUUCAGUUGCUACAACAACUGUAGAAAAUGUUAUGACAGAAUCCACUAUUGGACCAACCAAUAGAGACACAACUUCCUCCCAACCAAGCACCGAGUCCAUGACAACAGCUGGAGUCCAGAGCCCUGUGACAGAGAUCAGUCACUCCACCACAGGAAGCCCAAAUGCCUCUCCAUCAGCUUCGACCGGUGCUACAACACUGUCCACAGCAGGCCAACAGACAAGCCAACCCACCGACACCAGUGAGACUUCUUAUACAACUCUAGAUCACACACUGACUAGAAAUGACACAACCACAAGUGAGCCAAUGACAAACACCACCAAUGGUAGGACUACAAUACCACAGACCCAGACACAAACCAGCAACAACACAACCACAGUGACACUGAUCUCACAAACAAGCAAUACAACACACACAGGUAAUGAUGCAGGUACAACGGCACCAUUAGCACAAACCAGCCUUGGGAUAACAAUGACAUCUAUCACUCACAAUAGCAACAAGACAACCACAAUGACGGCAACCACUCACACCAACAAAGACACAACUACAAUAACAUCCAUCUCACAAACUAGCAACGAUGCAACUACAAUGAAACCCAUCACACUAACCAGCAAUGACACAACAACAUUGAUACCUUACACGCACACAAACAACAACACAAGUAAAGUGACACUUGUCACACACAGCAGCAGCAGCAACACACAGACGAUGACACCAAACACACACAUUAGCAAAGACACAACCAAAGUGACACUUAUUACGGAAACCAGCAAUGGCACAUCAACAUUGACACCUGACACAAGAACCACACAAGACACAAUUACUAUAACACCCUACACACAAACAAGCAAUGGCACUCCAACAAUACCAUCAUUGACACACACAAACAGUGACACAACUGCAACGACACCUAUCCUACCAACCAGCAAAGAUGCAGCCACAUUGACAGCAGUCACACACACAGGCAAUAACGCAACCACUAUGACACCACAUACACAAACUAUUAAUGUCACAACUUUAGUGACACCAUUCAGUCAAGCCAGUAUUGGCACUACGACAAUGAAACCGAUCACAAGCACAAGCAAUGGUGCAACAACAAUGACACAAACCCCACAAACAAUCAAUGAAACAACUACAAACACACCAGUCACGCACACCAGUAAUGACACAACUACAACACCACCAAUCACACACACAGGCAAUAACACAACCACAAUGACACAAACCACGCAAACUGUAACCAACACACCGACAAUCACGUCAACUGCUCAGACCAACCACAACACCACCUCGUUUACAGCCACAACACCGCUGAGUCCAUCUUCAGUGGUCACACACUCCAGCAACAGCACAACUAUAACAAACUCUGCUAACACCUCUCCUGAGUUUCCUGCAUCCUCCACCACACCUUCAUCCUCCACUGUCACUGGAUCCCCACCUGUUUCACCCACCUCCACCUCAAACUCCAGCUCUCUCCCUCCAAACACCUCCCCAGGCAGUAGCACCGCUUCCCCCACUGGAAAUACCACCACCCUUAUUCCCUCAACAAAUACCCCAAGAGUGACUGGCAACACUGCAGAAACAACUACUACGACUAAGCCAGCUGAAACAUCCUCAUCCAUCACUUCAACCUCCUCCACCACACUAAACUCCACCACCCCUCCAAACUCCGCCACCACACUAAACUCCACCACCCCUCCAACCUCUGCCACAACUCUAAACUCCACCACCCCUCCAACCUCUGCCACAACUCUAAACUCCACCACCCCUCCAACCUCCGCCACCACACUAAACUCCACCACCCCUCCAACCUCCACCACCACCCUAAACUCCACCACCCCUCCAACCUCCUCCACCACUCUAAACUCCACCACCCCUCCAACCUCUGCCACAACUCUAAACUCCACCACCCCUCCAACCUCUGCCACAACUCUAAACUCCACCACCCCUCCAACCUCUGCCACCACUCUAAACUCCACCACCCCUCCAACCUCUGCCACAACUCUAAACUCCACCACCCCUCCAACCUCUGCCACAACUCUAAACUCCACCACCCCUCCAACCUCCGCCACAACUCUAAACUCCACCACCCCUCCAACCUCUGCCACAACUCUAAACUCCACCACCCCUCCAACCUCUGCCACCACUCUAAACUCCACCACCCCUCCAACCUCCACCAACACUCUACACUCCACCACCCCUCCAACCUCCGCCACCACUCUAAACUCCACCACCCCUCCAACCUCCGCCACCACACUAAACUCCACCACCCCUCCAACCUCUGCCACAACUCUAAACUCCACCACCCCUCCAACCUCCGCCACAACUCUAAACUCCACCACCCCUCCAACCUCUGCCUCCACCACCCCUCCAACCUCUGCCUCCACCACCCCUCCAACCUCUGCCACAACUCUAAACUCCACCACCCCUCCAACCUCUGCCACAACUCUAAACUCCACCACCCCUCCAACCUCCGCCACCACUCUAAACUCCACCACCCCUCCAACCUCCGCCACAACUCUAAACUCCACCACCCCUCCAACCUCUGCCUCCACCACCCCUCCAACCUCUGCCUCCACCACCCCUCCAACCUCUGCCACAACUCUAAACUCCACCACCCCUCCAACCUCUGCCACAACUCUAAACUCCACCACCCCUCCAACCUCCGCCACCACUCUAAACUCCACCAUCACUCUUACCUCCACCACCACCACUACUGUACCAACCACCUCUCCAGCCUCCAUCCCCAAUCCAACUUCCCUCACCCCCACAACCUCCUCCACCACUCCAAUUGCGACAACUCCAACCUCCCCCACUACAUCAACCUCCUCCACCAACAGUAUUGAUACCACCAUCACUGUAACCACCCGGAGACCAACAGAUACCACCACCAACAACCCAAUUACAGCAGCCACCUCCAUUCCAACCCUGGGUCCAGUAGUAGUUUGUCCAUCUGUUCCCUGUCCUUUUGGAAGUGUCUGUCUUAAUGGCACCUGCCAGUGUCUCUCUGGUAGCUUCCUGCUGAAUGGCAACUGUGAACCAGCCCAAGUGUUCCCAGGCCAGCUUCAUCUCGUCUCCUUAACAUUUGAUCCAGAAAUGAGCAACAGGUCUUCAACCUUAUUCCAGACUACAGCAGCUCAUAUAUCAUCAGCUCUCAGAGAUGCCUUGAAAAAUGAGCCUGGUUAUAUACGAUCAGAUGUUGUGCGGCUUGAGCAAGGAAGUGUACAAUCAACAUUAAAUAACAUCUUUGAAAAAACCGAAGCCACUCAAGAAUCCAUUGAUGAAUUGAUUAAGGUGGCCAUAGAAAAGUCAGCGGGAUCAAAUGAAUUGUUGACCAAUGCCACAUUUAGAGGAUCAAACUUGUGUGAGCAGGAGCCAUUGCCUUGCGAGGCUGCCACUACAACAUGCACAUAUACAAAAGGAAGGGCUGUUUGUUCCUGUAAAGAGGGCUACAUCUCCAUCAUGUACUCAAACACCAGCUGCAGAGCCUGUCCAAGUGGGCAGAGGGCAGUGGGAGACAAGUGCCAACCGUGCGCGUUUGGAUAUGCUGGCUUUAACUGCAAUGAUUCUGCUCUGCUGGCAGUGGUAGUCAUCUCCUGUGUCCUGGGAGGAGUUCUUCUCAUCAUGGUCCUGGCUUUGCUCCUAUACUUCUGCUGUAGGGGAUGCUUAAAGAGCGAGCCAGACCACAGCAGCAGUCCAUAUCCAUCAGGCGAAGAAAACCAGACCUGGCCCACUGGCAUCACGCCCAUCCCACGGGCCACCACCAACUGGGAUGCAGCUCCGUCUAUAGAGCUGACAGAAGGGGGCAGCACUCGAUCCCUGGUAGACCAAAAGCAUCAGACCAACGGAUUGGGGUUUCAGAUGAAGCAGAACGGAUGGAAAAAGACGGGAUCAUACGAUCUCAACCCGGAUGGAUUGAAGACGUUCAAAGGUAAAAAUCCAUCCCGCUACUCGUAUCUGGUUCAAGGCCAUGAGAACCCCUACUUCCUACCUGGAGAUGACAAGAACAACUGAAAGCAUGAGACCAGUUGGUGAUACAAUCCAUGUAGAAAUGAGAAAUGGAUUACUGAUUUGAAGUUUUAAGGUCUGCAGGCACAUUUCCUGAGCAGGACCAGGUUUUUCAACAUUUUUGAACUCACUUGCAUUAAAGGACAAUCACAAAGGACGAUUUGAACAGGGAGAAAGCCACCAAAGAGAUUCAUUCAUCUUAGCAAAUAUAUUUUAACAGUGAUGUGUGCAUCAUGUCUGCUCUUUUGACAAGAGCUAAGUGGUGCCGAUUACAACCAGAAGGUGUCACUGUUUCUCUCCUGCUGUUUUUUUAAAGGGACAUUUGUGUUUAUUAUGCUUCAAAGAAAUCAUUCUGUAUUCUUUCAAAUGAAGCUUCUCAUGUUGCUCGUUGCACUAAAGUGUGUGUGUUAAGUUUACCGCCAGUUUUAUAUUUAAAUCAAAGGUAAAUUAAAUUUGGGCUUUCUGGGGCUGUUAGAUACUUUUUUAAGAGGUUUGAUUAUUUUUUAAAUGUGUGAUCAUAAAUGACUUAAGGGGCUGGAUCCCUGGGUCAGCAUAUUUUUUAAAAGCACUAAUAAUGUAGCCGAAUACAAACUGUAUUUGUUGAAUCUGUACUUCUACCCCUUUGUGCCUGUUUUCAUUGUCUGCCUGACAGAAAGGGAAACAUGCAUAGCUGGUGAUGAAGCCUCUCCCAGAUGUGCCAAUUACCACUUGUGUAUAUUUCUUUAAAUCUCUGAUAUAUAUUUAUCCUUGUGUGUAUGAGUCAGUGCACUGUUUUAUAAGUGUGUACAGGUUUUCUGAAGAACUCAAGAUCGCUCGCAGCGAAUGUGUGUGCGCAGCAAAUGUUUGUGUGUGUAUGCAAUGGAAAUAAAUUAAUAUAAAAACAAGA